AUGGCCCGCUUGCAGCACGUGUGGCAGGCGCCCGUGGACGCUGAGGAGGACGACGACGGCUGCCGCUCCACGGCGCCGUGGCCCGCGAGCGGCGCCGCGGGCCUGGAGCUGCAUACCCGGGCCUGGGGCUGCUCCGCUUUCCUCCGCGAGCUGCUGCCUGGGGCGGAGCCGAGGGACGUGGCGGAGGUCGGCUUCGACAAGGACGGCCGCUGGCUCUGCGAGCAGCUUCCGAGCGGCCGGUGGCAGCGCCACGACCUCCCCGGCCGCGGUUCGGUGCGGCUGCGCUGGGAGAAGGCCGCGGGGCGGUGGGAGCUGUGGGCGGAGACGGGCGGGGAGAGGCUGGUGCUGGAGGCGACCUUCGAAUCCUCCGAGCCGCAGUUGGAGUUGUACUUGGAGGAUUCAGAUUAUGUGGACUUCUUGGAUGUCUGCUUGCUUCCCCCGCCUGGGCCUGGAACAUUGCAGAGCCCGCCGCCCGCCCACGCGCAACUCCAAGCCCAAAUCGACCAGCUCACCGCGGAGCUUGAGACGGAGAAGCUGCAGAAGGCGGAGAUCCAGCAGGAGAAGGAGCACUUGCGGAAGCAGCUGGACGAGUGCAAGCGCCGCUAUGAGCUGCUGACGCAGGAGAAGGAAGAGGAAACACAGAAAGUCGAGGCUUUGAAGACGGAAUUGCAGAUGGAAGAGCUUCAGAUCGGGCAGCAGCUGCAGCAGUCCAAGCGCCGCUAUGAGCUGCUGACGCAGGAGAAGGAAGAGGAAACACAGAAAGUCGAGUCCGCGCAGCAUGAGAUCAAGGCUUUGCAGCAGAAGAUUGAUUCGCUGAUGGAAGAGCUUGAGACGGAGAAGCUGCAGAAGGCGGAGAUCGCGCAAAACUUGCAGAAGCAGCUGGACGAGUUGGCGCGGCAGAAGGCAGAGGAGAUGAAGAAAGUCGAGGCUUUGCAGCGUGAGAACCAUGUUUUGGCCUUCAUCCACCCUGACACGAGCGAUUCUCGAGAUGAAGCUCCAGGCGCAACCCCGGUCCUCAACAAUAUCACGGACUCCUCCUCUCUUGUUGGAGAUCAAUCAGAUGUUCAGUCCGCCAACUCCUUUAUUCUUGUUAGCACUGGAGACCAGUCAGAUGCACAGUCCAUCAGCGAUGCGAGCAGCCGAUCGGCAAAGUGCUUCCCACCCAACACGGUCCUGCCGGGAGCGGACGGCCACUUGCUGCGCGUGGAGAAGCUGAGGAUCGGCGACCGUGUGCGCCUGCGCGACCUGACUGACGCCAAGGUGGCUCGCAUCGAGGCGCACCGCAAGAGGCCCCACGACUUGGUGGAGCUUACCACGCGCCAGGGGCGCUUCACAGUGUCCAAGGAUCAUCGCGUGGCAGUGCCUGGGCCAGGCUGCCAGGGAGCCCAACGUGCAGAUCAGCUGAGUGAGGGUGACCUGGUCAUUGUGGGUGGGAAAAACCAGAAGCUCACCAAGGUCUCCCACCUGCAGGAGUGCACAGUCUUAUACGAGGUGGUAUUCGAGGAGGAUCAAUCUGUGCAGAUGUUUCACAUUGAGAGCUAUGGCUUGGUAACCUCCGGUUCAGCUGUCGCAGCCGAGAGCGCUGCCAGCGCGUCGGACGGACCUCUUCCAGCUCUGGAGCACAUUGGCCCGGGCAACUGA